GUUGGAAAUGAUAAGAUGAUCUUCGGCAGCGGCACUAAACUUCAUGUUAAUGACAAAGAGGAGUACAAGCCGUCCUUCUACAAGCUGUCUGACGGUGAGACCACAGCAUGUCUGGCCACCGGCUUCAGCCAUCUGCAGGCAGCAAACAUUACACAUAUUGACAUCUUCAUAAACACGAGUGCCGUCCGAAUAGGCGAAGAUUCGCUGUUCAACGAGGUGGCUUUGUUGUCUAAAGGCGAUGAGGACAAAUGUCAACGAGCUGAAGAUGGAGCUGCGUCUGAACUGUGUGAAGACACUCUGGAACCAGAUGCCAAGGUGAACCUGAUGUCUCUGACCAUCCUGGGCCUCAGGCUGCUGUUCCUCAAGACCAUCGUCUUCAACGUCCUGUUGACCCUUCGUCUGUGGAUCAGUCACUGAACCAGACGACGGAUUCACAGAGCGACGUCCUGAUGGACGUGAUGAAGUCUUCUUCCAUCAGUGUCUCAUACGUCUGUUUUAUAUAUAUAUAUAUACACAGUAUAUAGUAUAGUAUAGGAACGUCUAUCAGUAUGUUAACCUGUUAAUAUCAUCAGCGUCCUGUAUAACUUGUUAACCCGCUAAUAUCUGUAUUACAUGUUAACAUUUUAAUAUCUGUAUGACCUGUUAACCCUUAACGUGUUAAUAUCUGUAUGACCUGUUAACAUGUUAACGUGUUAACAUGUUAAUAUCUGUAUGACCUGUUAACGUGUUAAUAUCUGUAUGAGCUGUUAACGUGUUAACGUGUUAGUAUCUGUAUGACCUGUUAACGUGUUAAUAUCUGUAUGACCUGGUAACGUGUUAACGUGUUAAUAUCUGUAUGACCUGUUAACGUGUUAACGUGUUAAUAUCUGUAUGACCUGGUAACGUGUUAACGUGUUAGUAUCUGUAUGACCUGUUAACGUGUUAAGGUGUUAAUAUCUGUAUGACCUGUUAACGUGUUAACGUGUUGAUAUCUGUAUGACCUUUUAACGUGUUAACGUGUUAAUAUCUGUAUGACCUGUUAACGUGUUAAUAUCUGUAUGACCUGUUAACGUGUUAGUAUCUGUAUGACCUGUUAACGUGUUAACGUGUUAAUAUCUGUAUGACCUGUCGUCUUUAUGAUCUACAGUCAGUGGUGUUGUUGCUUCUGCUGCUGGUGUUAAUAUCUCUGUUAUCAUUGAACUCUGUUCUGUUGUUACAAUAAAGACUGAAAACUCA